CCGGUUGUUGUAGUUCCUGUGAAGUAAACUGUCAUACCGAGGACUGCAUUAGUUAGCUUGAAAUACUCUUUUGAUAAUCCAUCUGUUAGUCUACUCCCUAACCAAUGCGCGUCCUCUUCCUAUCGAGCUGGUGGCACAGUUCGAGACAUUGGACUAACAUUACCUGAGUGUUGGGUGCACUGUUCUAGCUAGCUAGUUAAUGAAUUUAGCGUUAUUAACCAACAGUUAGCAAGCAACAGAGAACAAACCAACCUGGCAGUAACGUUAGGUAGCUAUAAAAGAUUUCCCUAGCACACUGUCUGAGCUAGAUAGCUUUCAGCAGUAACGUUAGCUACUUCUACACUGCAAAUCCCAAGCACAGAAGGGUAACCCUUGGAUGGAGGCCCACAGCUCAAGCCGGUCAAGCCUGUCCAGGAAGAGGAGGAGAGAUGGAUCCAAGGGAGAAUCCGAGGAGGUAGAGCGGCCAGGGAAAGUCCCAAAAUCCACCGUGGGUUUAAAAGAUCCCGCCUCCUUUGCUGAUGAGCUGGAGUCGCCUGAGGACACUCCAUACCUGCGAGUCAGCAUGGAGGAGGCCAAGAGGGGAACUCCAUUUCAUAGGCCAGUGCGGGUCUAUGCAGAUGGCAUCUUUGAUGUGUUCCACUCAGGCCACGCCCGGGCACUCAUGCAGGCCAAGGGCCUCUUCCCCAACACGUACCUCAUCGUGGGCGUGUGUAGUGACGACCUGACGCACAAGUUCAAGGGGUUCACAGUGAUGAACGAGGAUGAGCGCUACGAUGCAGUCAGCCACUGCCGCUACGUGGACGAGGUCGUCAGGAACGCGCCCUGGACGUUAACGCCCGAAUUCCUCGCCAAGCACAGAAUCGACUUUGUUGCCCAUGACGACAUCCCAUAUACAUCAGCAGGCCAGGAUGACGUUUACAAGCACAUCAAGGAGGCGGGCAUGUUUGCGCCCACCCAGCGGACGGAGGGCAUCUCCACCUCGGACAUCAUCACACGCAUCGUCCGCGACUACGACGUGUACGUGAGACGCAACCUGCAACGCGGCUACACUGCAAAAGAGCUCAACGUCAGCUUCAUAAAUGAGAAGAAGUACCACCUGCAGGAGCGUGUGGACAAGGUGAAGAGGAAGGUGCGUGACGUGGAGGAGAAGAGUAAAGAGUUUGUGCAGAAGGUGGAGAACAAGAGCAUCGACCUCAUCCAGAGGUGGGAGGAGAAGUCCCGGGAGUUCAUCGGCAACUUUCUGCAGAUGUUCGGCCCCGAGGGAGCACUGAAGCACAUGUUGAAGGAGGGCAGGGGCCGGAUGCUGCAGGCCAUCAGCCCAAGACAGAGUCCCAGCAGCAGUCCCACCCGUGAGCGCUCUCCCUCCCCCGUCUUCCGCAUGCCCUUCUUAAACAAGGCCUUGGCCUCACCCCACCACAGUGCUGCACGGGGAUAUACCGUCAGUGAGGAUGAUGACGAGUCUUACGAAGGUUAGGGCUCCCAUUUCUCGCGUUUGUUAAUCCUGCUCUUCGGUCCAUCGACAGUAUCAGCAUUCAAGCCCCUCCAACCAAUCAUCAGUAUAGCGUUGUCCCUCACUUCAUUUUUUCACUCCUUUUAAAUUGCUGGUGUCCAUUUUAAUUUGUACUGUACCACAUCAGUCAGAGGGGGUUAAUGCAGAAUUAUUUUUUGACAGCAGAUGUUGCAUUUCUCACCGAUAGGAACAUUUAUAGAUAUUAUUUUGAUGCACGCUUCCUACUCAGGAUGUUAUAACCUUAGUGGGUAGAUUUUUAGUUACCCAUGAGUUUAAUGGGAAAUUCAGUUUUGUCUUGGGUGCACUGUUGCAUUCCUCCACAGAUUAUCUGAAUAUAGUAACCAUCAGUCCCUUGAGGAUUCCCCCUCGGAGUGUUUGUUUGCUUCUGUGAGUGUGUAAACUGCUAAUAUGUGUAGGCAUCUCGAUGUCCUCCAUCCAUGGACCUUUUUGCACAUUAUAAUACUAAUAGUUGGUCUCACUCGAGAUCAGUCGUUGGACAGAGGUUUUCAAAGUAUAGUGCCCAGCAUUUAACUAAAGAACUGGAUCUUGUUUAGUAGGGCUCAAGAGAACUUGUUUUCAGGAGGUUCUAGCUGAACCCAAACACUAGUGUGCAAUAACGAGACCUCGUUUUAAAAAUGACUACAUACAUAAUACAAUUUUAUCCCUGUUACAUAUCUCCCUCCUGUAGUUGGGAUCCCUAGAUUUUUGGCUGUUGACCUUGCUAGUCUUUGUGGUAGCAAAGCAGGUGGUUUUAUUUCCUAUAUAAUUAUUUUAAGCAUAUUAUCGUAACCAUGUUGGAUUGUCUAUACAGUAUAAGGGAUGAUAUAAUCCAUUAAAAUACUGCUUCUCAUUAGGGCAUGUGUAUAUAUAUAUAUAUAUAUAUAUAUAUAUACAAUCUAUCUAUCUUGGUAGCAAGAGUUUUCUGAUAUGCAAGAAGCCAGUACUAACCUUUCACUAUCUGUCAGAUACAAAAUGUACCUGGCUUUAAGUACAUUGUUUUAAACAUUUUAUUGUUUGGGUUGAGUUUGUUUAGCUCCUGAAUGUGCAGGCAUGAGAUCCCAGGGAACAUGUCAAUGGAAUAAAAAAUAAAUAAAAAAACUUCAC